GGAUUGGAAGCCAAUACAUUCCCGCUUUACAGUGUGAGCUUAGGGUUUCGACAUCAUGGCUUCCCUCUGCUCCAAUCUUCACACUCCAUUCUCCUCUCUCUUUCUUUCCCGCCAACAUAAGGUUCCCACUUGCUUUUUCAUCAAUAGCAGGGUAAGAUUCAAUCCGAGUAAGGUGUCAACAAGAACGAUAACUUGCAAGAAAGCAAGCUCAAGGGGCCCCGAAACUGAUAGGGUAGUCAAAAGUAAAUUUGAAAAAAGUGCGGCGAAGCAGGGAGACAAGAAAUUUGUUCAUGAAGGUUUAAUUACUGAGUCACUUUCCAAUGGUAUGUUUCGAGUCCUUUUGGACAAUAAGGAUUUAAUUAUAGGUUAUCUUUCGGGAAAGAUACGGAAGAAUUUUGUACGUGUAUUGCCUGGAGAUAGAGUUAGAGUUGAAAUGAGUCCUUAUGAUUCUACCAAGGGACGAAUAGUUUAUAGGCUUCGUAACAAGGAUGCGAGUGGAUAGCAGGGUAGUUUUCCCAUAAAUCCAUGCUGUUGCAAUUUGUUAAUAUUCAGUAGGCAUUGAGGUGAGGAGCCUCCAACUAUGGAAACAGGGUUCUGUUGAGAGUAUAUGAGAAGAAGCAUUUUGAUAUCCUUCGAAAAGCACCUAUAACAGUCAACCUCGGUUCUGGUGAGUUUCUUUGUAACAUGGCAUGGAUUUGGAGAAGUCUUGCCUUCACUAGGAGCUUGACUGAUUUAAAUAUCGAGGAGAACUAUUCUUUUCGUGUAGCCUUGCUUUUGAAAGACUUAAGUGUUAUGAUCAUUAUCAACCUUUCUUUGAAUAGUUUCAG